UAUUCGUCAGCACAUGACGCAAUAAGCUGUCCUCUAACUCAAAUAGCACUCGACUCUCCAGGUUUACAACUUUUUUUCAUAAAAGUAAGUAUGAUUUGCAUCAUACGUUCAGUCCUGCACAGCAACUAGUCCAAAAUGGACGCAUCGGGAUUUCUCUCAUCGCCCGCUACCUGGGUGUUAGCGAUCUCCUCUUCUCUAUACAUUAUUUACAGAUAUGCCACGUCCACAUUUAACUACUUUUCCGACCAAGGAAUCCCUGGUCCCAAACCGAUUCCCAUCUUCGGUAAUAUGUGGGGCGUUUGGAAAGCGAACCUUCCUGCGUACGACUUGGCAUUAGUGAAAAAAUACGGAAAGGUUUUUGGUUAUUUCGAUGGCCCGAUUCCAAACCUUUGGAUCACAGAUGCCGAUGUGAUAAAGGCGAUGUACGUCAAAGACUUCGACCAUUUUGUCGAUCGCAGAUCUUUCGAGAUAAAAACGAAAGUCAUGCGCAAAUGGUUGAGUCUAAUGAGAGGUCAAGAGUGGAAGGACAUUCGCUCGUCCGUUACACCUGCCUUUACCACCGGAAAAAUCAAGCGAAUGUCUGUUUUGAUCAAAGAUUGCGUUGCCAAUUUGUGCGAUCGUGUCACGACUUUCACCGAGAAAGAUGGAAAAAUUGACGCCAAGCUGACGUUUAGUGCUUUCACCAUGGACGUAAUUGCAAGAUGUGCUUUCGGUUUAAAAAUCGACACUCUUGGCAUGAAAGACGAUCCUUUCAUUACAAAUGCUCAGUUCGUCUUCAAUCCACCAACUAACAAGACACCACUUAUUCUUCUACCAUUUAUGUACCCAGACUUGUUUUCCAAGUUUGGAUAUUUCACCGAGCGUUUAAUUGUCACCAAAGAAAUGAAAUUCUUUUUCAAAUUAUUAGAAAAUGUACUGAAGGAUCGCUUGGAGUCGAAUGAGAAAUUUAACGACUUUAUUGAAGUGGCUGACGAAGCGAUUUCAGAAUUCACGAAAGUAGUCGAUGGCAAAACGGUGCCCAUGUGGACUCGUGAGAUUAUAGACGAGAUCAUAAUGGGACAGUCGACACUCUUCAUGCUUGCUGGAUUCGACACAACAGCCACAACUUUGACUAGUACCUGCUUCCAGCUAGCCAGAAAUCCGGAUGUUCAAGAGAAACUAUACGAAAGCAUCGCUGCGAAAAUGGAAAACUAUGAUGAAGUUUCACACGAAAUGGUCCAAGACGUUCCCUAUUUGGAAAUGGUUAUUCAAGAAGUGUUGCGCUAUUAUCCGCCCCUUAUCCGUAUUGAGCGACAAUGUACGAAGGAUUACUCCUAUGACAACGGCCGCAUAAAAAUUAAAAAAGGUCAAGUCAUUACCGUUCCCACUUAUGCUCUGCAUCAUUCAGAGGAAUACUACCCCGAUCCAGAAAAAUUCGAUCCUGAACGGUGGACUCCGGAAAACAAAGCUAAGCGUAAUCCUUACUCUUACAUGGCAUUCGGCACUGGUCCGAGAAACUGCGUCGGAAUGCGUUUCGCCAUGGAAGAAUUGAAAAUGGCCCUUUGUUCUUUGGUUCAGAAAUUCCGCUUUUUCCCAGUCGAAGAGACACCGGAGGGGCUCCAGUUUGACGAUGGACUUACACAAGUUCUACAGCCGAUCCAUGCGAUUGUGGGCAUUGAAUUCCGUCAAUCAAAUCAGAAUUAGUUAGAAUUAGAUUUAGUCUUGUUGUUUCAGAGAUGAAAAAAGAAACAAUAUACAUGCGAUUAUCUUAUUGCGAA